AUGCAUGAGAUCGUCCAUGUGCAAACUGGCCACGUGGGAACCAAAUUGGCUCAAAGAGCCGUUCUCGUCGACCUCGAGCCGGGCACAAUGGACUCGAUUCGGAGCUCGCCGAUUGGCGAACUUUUUCGACCGGAUAACUUUAUUUUUGGUCAAUCGGGUGCUGUGAUGGACGUGAUUCGAAAAGAGGCUGAGGGUUGUGAUUGUCUACAGGGCUUCCAACUAACUCAUUCGCUUGGCGGUGGAACUGGCUCCGGAAUGGGAACUCUGUUGAUCUCGAAGAUUCGCGAAGAAUAUCCGGAUCGAAUUAUGAAACACUUUCUCUGUUGUUCCCUCGCCAAAGGUCUCGGACACCGUGGUCGAGCCUGCCAACGCCACUUUAUCAGUUCAUCAAUUGUGAUUUUGGUAACAAAAACAACUCGUCUUACUGUUGACUGGAUUCCGAACAAUGUGAAAACCGCUGUUUGCGACAUUCCGCCUCGUGUGGAGCUUUUCAAGAGAGUUGGCGAACAAUUCACAGCCAUGUUCCGCCGCAAAGCUUUCCUUCAUUGGUACACCGGCGAAGGUAUGGAUGAGAUUGAAUUGACUGCAGCUGAAAGUAAUAUGAACGACUUGAUCUCCGAAUAUCAACAGUAUCCAGAGGCCACUGCCGACGAAGAAGCAGCUGAUGGAUUUGAGACUGAA